AGGACCCACUUCUGUUUCCAUGGACUUUUUUGGGCUUGUGCUAUUGGUAGAGAACGAAAGUGGUGGAAAAACUUAAGCUCUUGCUAUGGUGAUAAGCACGAGGCCUCUCCUCAGGCUUUUGUUUGGCCCAAAUCCAUGGGCGAAAGGUCCAACACAGACAGCCUUUAGGGAAAUUCAAACUAGCAACAGCUACCAUUUAUUUAAACUAGCAACGGCUACUUCUUGAUUUCAAAAUUCCUUUGCUAGGAGCGUAGAAGAAAAUGAAAAGAAGAAGCAGUGAUGGAUCAAAUAGACGGAUUGGACCCGGAGUUGCAGUUUCUUGCCUCAAAGCAGGAGACAAGUUACGAAUGGGAACUGUUCAAAGAAAAUGUAAGGCCCUUGAAGGGAGGCCGUAACGUUCGUCUCUUGAACGACGCACUUAAAUCCCACGCCCACAAUCAACUCAAGAAGUCUCUUCUUGAGACUCGAAGGAGGUUGAUUGAGGCAAUUGAUGAGUAUAAAGGGAAUGAUCCUCUCUUGCCAUGGCUCGAGCGUAUUAAAUGGGUUCAAGAGUCAUUUCCACCUGGUGGAGAUUGCUCAGGACUGAUUGUAAUAUAUGAACAAUGCGUGCGUGCCUUUUGGCAUUCAGACCGCUACAAGGAUGAUCUUCGCUACCUCAAAGUGUGGCUGGAAUAUGCUAAAAACUGUGCUGAUGCGGAAGUAAUAUACAAUUUUCUUGAUGCAAAUGAAAUUGGAAAGUCACAUUCCGCAUGCUAUGUAGCAUGUGCUUUACAUAUGGAGUCCAAGUCUAAGAUGAAGGUUGCAAAUGACAUAUUCAGUCUUGGGAUAUCUAGGGAUGCUCAACCAAUAGAAAAAUUGAAUGAUGCCUACAAGAAAUUUCUCAUGAGAUCAAUGAGAAAACCAAAAGUCAUGGAGGACAACUCUGAAGAAAAUCACUUGCCAGUCCGAAGCUUUGGAACAGUGUUGGCCAGUGUAGGAAAUAGUAAGUUUUUGUUGCUAUGUUCCACCAUGCUAAGAAAAUUUUUUUAUUAUCUUCUAGGGAGGCAAAAUAUGGAGAGUGCUGAUGUUGCCAGGAGCAGAUUGAACCGGACAGGGCUCAAAAGACUGCCCUUUCUAUUUAUAAAGACUCAAAUACUGAUAUCAUGUUGGUAUAUCAGCCUGGCAAGUCAAAAACAUAAACUCUCAAUCUAGUUCUCACUACAACACAAUUUUUCCAGAUGUUCAUGUAAAGAUAAUUUGUUUCAGAUUCCACAAAGACCCAGGCCUCAAGAUGGAGGAGCAACGGCAAGUGCCUGCAUUGAAGUAUUUGUUGAUGAGGAAUGUGCAGAGUGAGUAAUCUUAUGUUUCCUUGAGAAUGUAUACCACUCUCUACUUGAUGAAUAUCUAUCUUAUAAUUGUAGAUUGCAUCAAUGUUCCUGUCCUAAGUGUAACGCCCCUAUUUGCAUAGCCUGGUAUAUUUUACUAUUUCGGUGACCGGUGUCAGUCCGGAUAAUUAA